GUGUAAUAGAAGUGGCGUAAAGACGGUUUUUAAAGUCACCGGCUGAUUAGCAUUAGCUGCGUUGGGGUUACACAUUGACGUGCUGUCACUUGAGUUGAACAGGGUGUCUCCGCUGAAAAAUAAUGUUUUUGUCGGGAUUUUAGUGAAAUAGUGGUUGUUUCCUGGUUCGACAAAAGAGGAAAACUGAAGGACGUUCACACGUCAGCGCUUUUGAAAACGCAGAGACGGUGAAGCCAUGGCCAGUGCCCGUGUGCCGCUGGAUGAGCAGGUGGUGACAGAGCCUGGUCCUGUGGGAAAAGAGCGAACACUUCCUGCACUGCACCCAGAGAGAAAGGAGGAUCGUUGUUUCGUGCCCUACAAGCUGCUGGUAGAAGAUGCCUCUCCUGCUGAAGUGGAGGAGUUUCUGGAGUAUGUCAGAUUCAUCAUCGAAGAUUUGGAGUGGCUACUUGCACUGCCCCACGACAAGUUCUGGUGUCAGGUUUUGUUUGAUGAGUCCUUGCAGAUGUGUCUAGAGUCGUACCUGCGUCAUGCUCCCAGGAGCCUGGACAUCACUGUGUUGCCCUCCUCUCCAGCGGUGGCUGAGAUGCAACGUUCAAUACACAAAACCAUCUUCCUCACCUUCUUGAGAAUGGCUACUCACAAGGAGUCCAAGGAGAACUUUUUCACUCCAUCAGUGUUUGGGGAAAUUAUUUAUGAGAACUUCCUUUUUGACAUUCCUAAAAUUUUGGAUCUGUGUGUUCUGUUUGGAAAAGGCAACGGUCACUUGCUACACAAAAUGAUCGACAACAUCUUUACCCAGCAGCCAUCAUACUACAGUGAUCUGGAAGAAACCGUGCCCACUGUGUUACGGGUGUUUGACUCAAUCCUGGACAAAUGUGGUCUUCAGUGUGAAGGAGCCACUGCCAUUGAGCCGCUGAGGCUGACUGCACAUAAACAGCCCACUGCCAUGUCCAUGGAGCAGCAGGAUUUUGUUGACAUCCUCUUGUACCUCUCUGAUUCCACGACCACCAUUCAUGCCUUCAUGGACAUCUUUCCUGCUGCCUGCACGACUUUUCUCUCACAUGGUUUCCUGGGAAGGCUGACCUUGUUCUAUGAGGCCGCAGUGCCCGACCUCGAGAGGGCAGUGAGGAAGAGGAACUUUGAUGAUAAAGGACUCCAGGAAGAUUUAUGGAGGAGGUUGUCUCACUCCUGUCGCAAGAUGGUGGAAUCGGCUCACCUGCUGCUGCACCACACCUGCCUACAACCGAUCCUAGAAGGAAAGGAAAACAUGCAGACAUUUGCAGAAGAACUCUUACAACAUUUCACUUCCUUUUUACCCGAAAAAAGGUUCUUGGCAGACUAUAAUGAGCAGUUCCCCAUCACUGAUGACAUCAGCCUCCUGCAUCAGGCCAUUCCUGUCAUUGAUGAGACCAGAACGUCCUACAUACUCCAGGGGGUUGAGAGCGCCCAUGACAGCCUGGGACGGGGGAGACCCCAAAGCCUGGUUCAGUUCAGAGCGUUUUCAUCGUUGUCAGCUGAUCAGGGGGCAGUGGGAGGGACAUCUGCAACUUCGGGAAACUCCAUAUCUCUGGCAGCUCAAGAAACAAGAAGAGAGAAUGUUGAGAUGGCGGCAGCGAUGUUGGAUGGUCCACAGAAAGGAGACAAUGGUGCGGCCUGCCCCAUCAGCACAGCAGAGCUGGAAUCCCUGCUGUCCUGUAUCAUGGACCUGUUGCCUGACUUGGGCGAAGGCUUCCUGCUGGCAUGUUUGCAGGAAUACGACUACAACUCAGAGCUGGUCAUCAACAACAUCCUGGAGGCCAGGUUAAGUCCUAACCUGGACAAACUGGACCGAGCCAUGCCAAGGCCAGUGAAGGAGGAGCUUCCGAACGUUCUCAGCACCAGAUCCAAUGUGUUUGAUGAUGAUGAGUUUGACGUCUUCAGAAGGGACCAAGUGGACAUGUCUCGUAUCUGGAAGGGCAGGAGGAAAGGUGAGAACGUCGAGGAACUGCUGAACGACAAGCGGCACAUAGAGGAGCAGAGAGCGCGAUACCAGGCGUAUGAGACGGUUGUGGAUGAGAUUGUCAUCAAUCCUGGAGAAAGCGCAGACACGUACGGCCUGGACGACUACGACGACGAGUACGAUGACACCUACGACAUGAACCAAGUGGGAGCCAACGACCUGGACGGAGACAGUUUACUGAACCGCAGACCCUUCACAAUCCCUCAGGUACUGAGGAAAGGAAACGCAGCAGAGCGUGAAGAGGAGAGUGAAGAUGAAGACGAAGAAGAGCCUUUACAGAACAAUGUAAACAGGGACCAGUUUGUCCAGGAUCCAGCUGUGCUGAGGGAGAGAGCAGAGGCGAGGAGAGCAGCCAUGCACCAGAGAAGAGGUUUCAGACCGGAACGCAGCAGCAACGUUGUCGGUGAGCCCAAAGGAAAAGGACAGAGCCAGGAGACAAAUGUGGACCGUCGCAGGAAGGAGACCAACAAGAGUCACGUGGCCAACCACAACAGACGAGCCAUGGCCGACCGCAAACGGAACAAGGGCAUGUUCCCGUCCUGACCGCCGUGAUGGAAAAUCACACUUCAGUCCAGACGGUCAUUAUUUUAGACAAAAAAGCAGAUCAUUUAAAAAAAAAAAAAAAAAA